GAGGACACAGCGGGCCACAAUGCUCCGGCCGGGCGAAGACGUGGACCGAAGUCAAAGGGACCCGACAGGCAAGGAGGCCACACGGGAGAGGAAUGAAAGACUGAUCACCGGAGGCUCGCCUACAGCACUCGAUUCAAGAGCCUAAAAAAGUCUUUGAAUCAAGCGUUUUUGCAGUGACUCUUCCCAAACAUGGCAGCUACAAGGCGACUUGCUCUUUUCCUCUGCACGCUGCUGAUGGUGUCCAGAGACCUGGCCAAUGGGGGGGCGGCACCCAGCCCCGCCACUGUGACCGCAGACCCAGGACACAGCACGGGCGGCGGGCAAGAGGCCGCCACAAACUCCAGCGAGGGUAAUCAUGGAGCUACGGGCGGUCACGAAACGGCGCCCGUCACCACUUUACCCAUCGUGACCUGGAAGUGGGCACAUGUCUCCACUCCAUACCUGGUGGCCCUGUGGGUCCUGGUCAGCUGGAUCUGCAAACUGAUCAUCGAGGCCAACCACCAUGUGACCAAUGUGAUCCCGGAGAGUGCCUUGCUCAUCUGCUUCGGCUUCAUUCUGGGGGGGAUCAUUUGGGGUGCAGACAAGGUGCAGACCUUUAAGCUGAACCCCACGGUGUUCUUCUUCUACCUGUUGCCUCAAAUCAUCCUGGACACGGGUUACUCCAUGCCAAACAAGCUCUUCUUCGGCAACAUGGGGGCCAUCUUGGUCUACGCCGUCAUCGGGACCUGCUGGAACGCUGCCAGCUUGGGGCUGUCGCUGUGGGGGUGUCACCAGGGAGGAGCCAUGGGUGAUCUGGACAUCGGCCUGCUGCAGUAUCUUCUCUUCGGCAGUCUGAUUGCUGCUGUGGACCCCGUGGCCGUCAUCGCCGUGUUUGAGCAGGUCCACGUCAACGAGGUGCUCUUCAUCCUGGUGUUUGGGGAGUCGCUGCUCAACGACGGCGUGACAGUGGUGCUCUUCAAUGUGUUCGAUGCGUUUGUGUCACUGGGAGGAGCUCGAAUUAAUGCUGUGGAGAUCAUUAAAGGAAUCAUAUCCUUCUUUGUGGUGGCGUUUGGUGGUUCCCUUUUGGGCCUUGUGUUCGGCCUGCUGAUCUCUCUCCUGACCAAAGUCACUCAGAAGGUCAAGAUAAUUGAGCCAGCGUUCGUCUUCGUCUUGGGAUACCUCUCCUACCUGACCGCUGAGAUGCUCUCCCUGUCCUCCAUCCUGUCGAUCACCUUCUGUGGCGUGUCCUGCCAGAAGUACAUCAAUGCAAACAUGGCCGAGAGUUCCGUCUCCACCGUCAGAUACGUCAUGAAGGUUUUCGCCAACGGAUCAGAAACCAUCAUCUUUGUGUUCCUCGGGAUCUCGGCCAUUGAUACGGAGAUCUGGGUGUGGAACACGGGCUUCAUACUCCUCACGCUCUUCUUCAUCUUUGUGUACAGAAUUAUCGGUGUCUUUUUCCUCACCUGGAUCUUGAAUAGGUACAGGCUGGUCCCCGUGGAGUUUAUUGAUCAGGUGAUUAUGAGCUACGGUGGCCUGCGAGGGGCUGUCGCAUAUGGCCUGGCUACGCUGCUGAAUGAGAGCAAGAUAAAGGAGAAGAAUCUGAUGAUCUGCACCACUCUCCUCGUAGUGUACUUCACUGUCAUUCUUCAGGGAAUCACGAUGAAACCUCUGGUCAACUGGCUCAAAGUCAAAAAAGCUGCUGUGUCGGAGCUCACGCUCAUAGAGAAACUGCAGAGCAAAGUGUUUGAUCACAUGCUUGUUGCCAUCGAAGACAUAUCUGGACAAAUAGGACAUAACUACAUGAGGGACAAGUGGAAUCAGUUCGAGGAGAGGUGGAUGACGAGGAUUCUGAUGAAGAAGUCAGUGAGGAAAAGCCGCGACUGCGUCUUCAAAGUCUUCCAUCAGCUCAACCUCAAGGAUGCUAUGAGCUACGUGGCUGAGGGCGAACGCAGAGGCUCGCUGGAGUUUGUCCGCAAUGAAUCGGCGUUCAUCGACUUCAAGAAGAAGUUCGUCGACGACUGCUCAGGGGCCAUGCCCGACAUCACGGCCUGCAUGUCGGACGAUUACUCUGCGAUGUCCUCGAUGAGUAGAAUAGACCAGGUGCCAUCCGUGAGCCUGGAGAUGCACGAGCAGAACAUGAAGGGUGUGAGGGAGACGGAGGACAUCAACACGCACCACCUGCUGCAGCAGCAUCUGUACAAGGGCAGGAAGCAGCACCGACACCGGUACAGCCGGAGCCAUUUCAAUGUCAACAAGGAUGAAAACGAAGUGCAGGAGAUCUUCCAGAGGACCAUGAGGAAUCGUUUGGAGUCCUUCAAGUCUGCAAAGAUGGGCGUUUCUCCACCAAAGAAGAUUAGCAAGCACACAAAGAAAGACCAGCAGCAGAAGGUGCCAAACGGGAAAUCAACAGAGAACGGUAAAAGAUACUUUUCUGGUGAUGAAGAUUUCCAGUUCCCAGAAGGAGACGCCUCUGGCUUUGCGGCAUCGGACGGUUCACAUCCCUUCCCCAUGACCUACCGAGCAGGAGCUGGCAUUGAGAACCCGGCCUACAUCCCGGACCUGGACCCCAUGGCCGCCGAGAUCCCCCCGUGGCUGGCGGAGUACGACGCCGGCCCGGUGGCUCCGUCGCAGCGGGCCCAGCUGAGGCUGCCGUGGACGCCCAGCGACCUGGGCCGCCUGGCCCCGCUGCGCAUCAGCACGCGCUCCAACGACUCCUUCGCGCAGGCCGACGCCCCCGCCGCACAGCAGAAGGACGACGAGCCGCCGACUCCCUCCAAGCGAGACGGUCGCAACAUGUAGAAGCAACCCCCCCCCCACCCGCGCUCCGUCUCCCUUUGACCCGGCCGCCCCCCCCCGAGCUGCAGCACCUGACCUCAGGCUCUCAAAGUAUUGACGGUUUGCUUCUCCGUGCCGUUGCCUAAUCUCGCUGCCGGGUCCCCGGACCAAACAUUCACAGGCCCUCCGACCUUUGUGCCCUUCUUCUCGGCUCCUGUUGUCGCUCUAGUUUCACCCUCCACUGAGCAGGAGGAGGCAGCUCCUGAGGGCCAGAGAGACUAUUUACCAGCGCACAUUGAACAUUGUCAUAUUUGCCCCUCAGCUUCACAUUGGACCGGUCAAACAUUGCAAGUGGAGGAUCUAAUCCCUGAAUGUGACGCAGAAAGCUUUUUUCAGGAUCAUAGAUAUUUAUGAGUUGCGUUAUCCAUAAAGAUAAUAGAUUUAAUUGAGAGUGCUGGAAAAUAUUUCCACCUGUAUAAUCUGAAUGGUGGUGUAUUUUGUGUGUGUGUGUUUUCUCACUUGGCACAGCUGUACUCAAGGUUAAAUAUAAAAAUGGCACAUGUAUGAUAAAGACAUAUAUUUAUUCAGAAAUGAAGGUUGGUACUGUGUGGACACGUCUGCCAUCUCAAACAGCGGCAUAUAUUUAAUCACCCUCCAAAAAAUUAACUAUGUGAAUUUAAAUAUAUAUUCAGAAAUAAAAGUGAAAAAAUCAUUCUUUGUGGAGUAAAUCGGUUGUCAAGUCAAACAUGGGUGCUUUUUUUUCAAUAUUGUAUAUAAUCCAUGCAGAUGAAAGAGGGCUUGUGGAUCACUAAUAUCAAACUGCUGUUAAAUAACAUGAGAGGUGUUCUCGACAUAUUAAAGUGAAGUAAUUAAA